AUGGUUAUGCCUGACAAUAGACUUUUGGCUUUGGAGAAGAAAAUGAGUGGAACAAAUGAUAACAGCCAAUGCGAAGUCGAAAGCAAAGGAGAAAAAUACAUCUCUAAAUUAAAGAAACGAGGUGAAGCUCAUUUGAUAGUUUCCGCGCUUAUAACAACCGUAACUUUUGCGGCAGGUUUCACCUUCCCUGGUGGUUAUAAAGAGGAUGAGGGCAUGGCAAUUUUAACAAAGAAAAUAGCUUUUAAAGCUUUUGUUGCGACGGAUACGAUAGCCAUGGUGUUCUUAGCAUCUGCUAUAUUCUUUCAUUUCUUGAUGAAGAUGCACAACGAGGAGGAUGUCAUUGAAAAACACUUGGUUUGGGCCCUUCGCCUCACCAUGCUUGGCAUGGGAGCAAUGGUGAUCGCUUUUGCGAUUUUUUUGACAAUUUUUCUUGUAUCACAGUUUGUAUCUUAUUACUUUUAUCUGGUGUAUAAUAAUGCAAAUGUUGAUAAUGGCUAUGAAGAGAAUUGA